AUGGAAUCGGAUGGCGAUCUCAAAACCGCUAUUUCUCAGCCACAGAAGCCACCCAGAUUCCGGAAUCUCGGUCUAGCUCUGCGCGCAUUAACACUUUGUGUUACGAUCUCGGGCAUCGUCGUUGCAGCUAUCGCUUCAUCGAGGAACGCUGAGGCUAUUGGAAUACUAGGUCCUGCAAACUCGUCUGCUCGGUGA